AUGGAAACGCCAAGUUUGGAAACACAAAAUGAAUUCGACGUAUUGAAGAAGAUGGAAGACGAACAUUUGAGAUUACAACGACAAGUAAGAAUGACACAAACGGACAGACUUCAUCGUGCUAUGGGAGUACAUCCGAAGUUUAGACGACAAGAUUUACUACUCAGGACACUCAAGAAAGAAUAUCUGAGCUUACAUAAAAACUUAAAGAUAGCUAGGUCCGGAGCUCACAAGAAUAACGACAAAAAGAUGAAAACCUGCUUGAAAAGGUCUCUCAUUCGUUAUACAAGAACUGGUCAACAAGAAGAAGAGGGAUUGACGCUAAUGUCACAAAUCGAUGAAUUAUUAUACAGAGAAAACAAGAAAAUACUCGAAUUACACAACACAGUAACAUCGUACACUGGAAAGCUUGAAGAACGUCGUUGUUUAAGUGAAAAUAGACUGUCAUCGACUGAGAAUAAACUGGAGGCUGCCAUGUGUAGAUUUAAUAUGGUGCAGUGUGAGAAUAUUAGGAUUCGGGAACAAAUUGAACACAUGCUUCAAGAUAGGGCGAUUUUCAAUCAAGCCUGGGACAGGAUGCAAAGCGUGCUGAUGAGGGGCAAGAAGUUUUUGUUUGAGGUUUUCGAGUCGACUGCACUGGCUUACGACCAGCGUGACGAGUGGUGCUCCAAACUACGGUCGAUGAAGGAAAAGGGAAGGAUGGAUCAGAUGGUCCAAAUACAGGAGAUGAAAGACUUACAGAAGGCUUUCGAUCACGAAAUGAAACUGUAUCAAUUUCUUGCUAAGAAAGGAGUGAUAAGAAUAAAUAAAACAGAAGAAGAAAGACAACUGGCCAAGAAAGAGAAAGAAGAAGAAGAUUAUAAAAAGGAAUAUGAACGUUAUGCUAAAACUAUUAAUGAGAUAAAUGAUCAUACACAGGAGUAUAAUAUAAACAAGAUUAUUGAAACAUUUGUGAGAAGAGAACAUGAUAAUUGGUCUCUGUACGAGUUGCUUACUCAGUAUUGCGCGGAGAAUGAAUUGCUUCGAAGAAGUGUUGAUAGAAUUCACAUUGAUAUAAUGGAUAGAAGAGACUGGAAUGACAAGAAGGAAGAAGAAAGACAAGUUAAAAUUAAAGAAUUAAGAGAGAAAUUGAUAGAACAGAAGAAGAGGACAGAAGAGAAGAGAAUUCAAUUAGCAGAAACAAAUAAGAUAAUAGAAGACACGAUGAGCAAAGUCAAUGAUAUUUUCACCAUGUUAAACUGUUCAUUGGAACCAUUUGAAAAUCUUCUUGGAGACAAGCAACCUACCACUAGAAGACUAAAUUUAACUUUCUGUUUAAUUACUGAGGAAAUCAAAGAACUGGUUCAAAUAACAUAUUAUUAUGAACGUUAUAUGCAAAGAAAGCCAGAAGCACAUAGGUCUCGUUUAAGGCGGUACACUGUUCAUCCGGAACAUACACGAACUUGGAGUGCGCCUUCUAUCAACCUUCUAGUACCAGCGGAGCCUUGUCCCGCAUGUGUGGAAGCUCGUUGGUUUUCCCGUGUGUGUGAUGACCUUGAGAUGCCCUUCACUCGUGAUGAAUGUUUAUCAGCGUUGGAUGAACUAGCUCGAGACCCUGCCUUCGUCCGCAGUGAUCGUAUCCACGCGCUAACAGAUUGUCGUGUACCAGCCAGCAGAGCAGUUCUUGCUAGGAGAUACCUUCAAUAA